AUGGGAGCAAACCGACCGGGGCAUGGGGGAGCUGGGUGGUUCCGAAACCUUCAGUUGGUAGUUGACGCCCUAUCUGCCAACCUGGAUGUGAUCGGCAUGUUGGUGGUGGUGUUGGGGGUGCUGCUGGUGGUGGCUGGUACGGUGGUGUAUUACGUGGAGGGCGCCUUGGUGAAGGACACGUGGUUCGACUCCAUACCGCUGACCAUGUACUACAUGCACGGAGCCGACCCUUGGGUCGGUGAUCGGCUGCUGUGCCGCUCUGCCCUGCACAUCGCCGCCCGGCACAACCAGCCCGACUGCCUAGAGGCCAUCCUCACCAGCCCCUUCAUGGAGUUCACUGGCAAAGUGCGCAGUCGGGAGUGCAACAGCGCCCACCACUACACCCGUUCCAAAUCUCAACUCAAGCCCCCCCUUUCCCCCCAAUACACCUGCCCAUGCUGGUGGACUACCCAAACAGCUCAGGUUACACACCACUCCAUUACGCCGCCGCUUCACGACCGCGGAAGCACGCCGCUGCACGCCGCCGCGCGCUUCCAAAACCUUGAGCUGGCCAUGAUCCUGCUGAAGCACUGGGACGAGAACCUUCGGCGGCUGGAUGUGACCGACCCACGGGUCGUGGAAAGCUACGACCACACCAAGCCGUACCAGAUGCCCGAUGUGAAGCCUAACAAGGCCCUGAUGCGGGUGCUGGAUCCUGGGACGCCCAUCAAGGAGAUCAGCGAUCCGUUUGGAGAUGCAGCCGCCACCGCCGCCGCCGCCAGGUUGCCGUACGAUGUGUCGUGCAGCAAGGUCGCGCCGAUGAAGAAACCCUCCGCCACGGCGCUAAAGCGCAGCUUUUCGCCGCAAGGGCAGGAGCCAGAACCUUUGACGCUGGACGGCGAUUGCGGACAGGAUGACGACAAGGUCCCGGCGGGCUGGGAAGAUGUCCUGUCUGGCAAGUCGGGCAUCGGAACCACGGGGAAGGCUGCUGGCGGGGACUUCAUCACCAUAUACCACUCCUUCCAGAUACUUGCGCAUCAACUCGCGGUCAUACCCAGGCGAGGCCCAGCCCGCCUGCGACACUAUGACCUCGCCAGGCUUCUGCCAGCCGGCGCUCACAGUGUACUUGAUUGCGUGUACACUGUGAGCGCCGGCUGGCAGAAGCCUGGCGAGGUCAUAGUGUCGCAGGCGGGCUGGGCCUCGCCUGGGUAUGACCGCGAGUUGAUGUGCAAGUAUCUGGAAGGAGCUGUGACAUCAGCAGUCACAGUAGGUAGCAGCAAGGCUCGCUGCUGCAGGCUGCUGCUUGUGAGCAUGUACACUGUGAGCGCCGGCUGGCAGAAGCCUGGCGAGGUCAUAGUGUCGCAGGCGGGCUGGGCCUCGCCUGGGUAUGACCGCGAGUUGAUGUGCAAGUAUCUGGAAGGAGCUGUGACAUCAGCAGUCACAGUAGGUAGCAGCAAGGCUCGCUGCUGCAGGCUGCUGCUUGUGAGCAUGGUGAGGAUCGGUGCGCAGUUUAAGGGGACAGGCUGCAGAGCGGGGCCAUCGUGCACCGGGCCGGUUGGGUAGUUCGUGAUGCAGAGCAGUGUCGCCCAGUGGGAUGAGGGGCCACUAUCACCAUGCUAGGAUCAAGUAUUGUUGUGCUGUGGUCGACUGGGUGUUGCAUAGCAUGUGUGGAGCUUUAGUAUGCACCCAGCGAUUCGAUCUCAAUUGGAGGUAUCGAGCAAGAACCAGCGGUCCAUCCAGUUGGGUGCAGCAGAUAGUAGUAGUGCCGCCAGAGAAGGAACCAACGUACGCCUGUAGUGCCUGCGCCUGCACCUCGUGACAGUGGCAGUGCGCAACGUGGUGGAGAACGAGCAAGAGUCCAGGAGGGUCAUGUGCACGGGCUGGGGCUGGGAAGGCAAUACUUGGCAGUGAACCGGCAAGGCGAGUGGGUGCUGCCGUUGAAGAGGAGAGGCUGAGAAGGCGUGUGGGCGCCUGGCAGUGGUUUACGGCAGGCAUGGUGUUAAUAAUGAUGGUGAUGGUUCCCCCGCUGGGCUGCUGAGCCUUGCAGGGAGUGCUAGUUGCGCCAGUACGUGUGGGCUGCG